ACUUUACAAUUUAAUCUAAUUAUUCAAAAAAUAAGUCCACUAACUAAGAGAUAUAUCCAAUUCUGUCAAUCCAAAUUAUUUGAAAGAAAUCAUGCUAGGCAAUGGGGAUAGGGGUGAUGUGAAAGUGAAUUCAAAAAUGAAUAAAGAUAGCCAUUCUAUAUAAGUAGGAACCUACUCUACUUGGACAUGAGAUACGCAGUUUACACUGAAAUUUAGUUUCCUUGCUAAUAGCUUCAAAAAGCCAGAAACACAAUUUUCAACUUUUAGAAAGCAGUUUCUCAGUUAUCUUAGCUGCUCGAUUGUCUGAUUACAUUUAUCCUAAAUGCAACAACCAAGUAGUUGGAGACUUUAUGAAAUUAAAAUAGCUCUUAGUACAGCUUUGCAAGCAGGUUUUCAAAAUUUGUCAGGUUACCCAUUUCUUUACCUACACCACUUUUUUUCUACUUCCUUUCCUUUAUUCUACAUAUAGUUCCCAUCCUAAGUAUUUUUUCCAAACUUUCUACUAGGAAGCCUCUUUUGCUAUUAUUGAGGUUACUUUUUUCCCUUUAAUUCCACUGACUUGUAAUCUUACCUCUUAUUUUUCUUGAGCAAAAAAAUAAAAACAAAAAGUGCAGGGCAGUGGCCCAAUUGUGGCCCUCUGUAACCUCUACCUCUUAGGCUGAAGCAAUCCUCCCAGUAGCCUGUGGAGGAGUUGAGACCAGAGGCAAGCGACACUAUGCACGGCUGAUUUUUGUAUUUUUUGUAGAGAUGGGGUUUCCCCAUGUUGGCCUGGCUGGUCUGGAAUUCCUGACCUCAGUGAUCUGCUGCCUGGGCCAAAGUACUGGGAUUACUGAGCCAUGGCACCUGGCCAACUCUUAUUUCUGAAUUAUGUUUGAAUCAUUUAUUUUCCCCAUUUUAUAUUACAUUCCUAUCACUUUUUAAAAUCCCAGAUAAAGAUUUUAAAGCAAAACAAACUAUUAUUUUAAAUAUUUGCAAUUUUCACAUAUUAGGACUACUGUCAGAAUGCUGGUUUGACCCAAAUAAAGUCUGUUCUUAAAAGGACUCUUUCAAAACAGAUGACUCAUCAGUUUUAAAAAACAUUCCAUCAUUGGGUUAAACAUACAAAGUGCAUCCUUCCAUGACUACAACUCAAUCAGAAAUUAAAGUUUAACUGCAGAGUGGUUUCUCAUACAAAUGACUGGCAAGAAAAAAAAGACUUUCCUCUUUUUUUAAGGAGGAAAGCAAUUCAAUGUUAUUGAUUAUACACAACCACGUAACUUUCUUAUGCAUAAUCUUUGUGGAAAAAAACAGCUAAGCAUUUUUUCUCAUUUCGAUUAUAUGACAUUUCAGUCAUUAAAUGUAAUUUCAGAAAGGACUGAGUUUGGGACAAGGAUGAAAAACAUGUUAAUUAGAAUUACUAAAUUAGUACCAGAUUAGGAUUUUCCCAAACAGUUGUUUUGACCUUCAGUACAAACUCAACGCUGAUUUUUAAACUAAUGCAUUAAUCUGAGCUAUCUCAAAUCAUGGAACCGCCUCCAUGACUCCCAAAUGCACUCCUAGACACAACUUAGACCAAAAACCACGUAUGUGCUUCUGUAAUUACAACGGGCAAAACGUCCUUGAUAUAUAUUUACACUUUAAAAAAGAAAAAGAUAACAAUCCUGUGGGGCAAGUAGCGCAGGUAUUACCCAUAUUUUAUGCAUGAGGCAACUGAAAUCAAAUCCCUGACCUAGGCUAUUUAACAGCGGAAACCCCAUAAAAGAUACGGGGGUUCUGAUGUCUAGUCCAGCUGCUUUCACAUUUCGAAGUCGGCUUUGUUAAUCCUUGGACUUUAAAUUCCUGGGGUUUUCUGUUCCGGAGAUAAAUCACUAGUAAAUUCCUGCGUGCUCAGAGUCCUGGAGACAGGGGCCCCACUUUUAAACUGAAAACAAGUGGGCGGCGCACGUGACACGCGAAGCCUCAAGGCCAGAUAACCGACCAGUCCUUGAGCUGUUUACCGAGGCGGUCUUGGAGCCCUGGAACAGGUAACCAGGCUCCAGCGUCUGUAAAGCGCGGCCGCCGAAACCCGGCGAGGCUCCGAUGACAAUUUGGCAGUGUCUAGGUCUCUGCCUCAGCUCUGCGCAGUCCCUGCGUCGCUCCAACCCCUCUGCGCCGUGCGCCUCGUGAGGCGGAGCCAUCUCCGGAGCGGCGCGCGCACCUUAGGGCCUCGCGUCGCGUGACUAGGCCGCAGCGCACAGAGUUAGCGCGCGCCCGCACGCGCCACUUCCGAGUCUGCUCCUCGGUUCAGGUUUCGGGGCGCCGCAGAGGUCCCGGCCCGUGGACCGCGUGCGGCGCUCUGGAGAAUCCAGCGCCACGCGCCUUGCGGUGGCCAGGAUGGAGGAGGCCGGAGCGGCGGUGGUCACGGCCGGGGAGGCCGAGCUAAACUGGUCCCGCCUCAGCGUGUCCCCCGAGACGCUGGAGUCUGAGCUGGAGGCGCGGGGCGAAGAGAGGCGCGGCGCGCGGGAGGCGCUGCUGCGGCUGCUGCUUCCUCACAACCGUCUUGUAUCGCUGCCGCGGGCGCUGGGCAGCGGCUUCCCGCACCUCCAGCUGUUAGACGUGAGCGGCAACGCGUUGACCGUGCUGGGGCCGGAACUGCUCGCUUUGCGCGGCCUGCGCACGCUCCUGGCCAAGAACAACCGGCUCGGCGGGCCCAGUGCGCUGCCCAAGGGCCUGGCCCAGUCGCCGCUCUGCCGCAGCCUCCAGGUGCUCAAUCUCAGCGGCAACUGUUUCCAGGAGGUGCCUGCUUCGCUCCUAGAGCUGCGCGCGCUUCAGACCCUGAGCCUGGGCGGCAACCAGCUGCAGAGCAUCCCAGCUGAGAUCGAGAACUUGCAGAGGUUAGAGUGUUUAUAUCUUGGAGGAAAUUUCAUUAAAGAAAUCCCACCAGAAUUAGCAAAUCUGCCUUCUCUGAAUUACUUGGUGUUAUGUGACAACAAAAUCCAAAGUGUACCUCCUCAACUUUCACAGUUGCAUUCACUUCGUUCCCUAAGUCUUCACAAUAACUUGCUGACAUAUCUGCCUCGAGAGAUCCUCAACCUUAUUCAUUUGGAAGAGUUGAGUUUACGAGGAAAUCCAUUGGUUGUUCGUUUUGUUAGAGAUUUAACCUAUGAUCCUCCAACUCUCUUGGAAUUAGCUGCACGGACCAUUAAGAUUCGAAAUAUUUCCUACACUCCCUAUGAUCUUCCUGGGAAUCUUCUUAGAUACUUGGGUUCAGCCAGCAAUUGCCCAAACCCAAAGUGUGGAGGAGUCUACUUUGACUGCUGUGUCAGACAAAUUAAAUUUGUGGACUUCUGUGGGAAGUAUCGCCUCCCACUGAUGCACUACUUGUGUUCGCCAGAAUGCUCUUCCCCUUGCAGUUCUGCCUCUCACAGCUCCACAUCCCAGAGUGAAUCUGACUCAGAAGAUGAAGCUAGUGUUGCUGCACGCAGAAUGCAGAAAGUUCUUCUUGGUUGAACAAGAGUGCACAGUAGUGUGAAAUAGUUAAAAACUGAGCAAAGAUGGUUAGAAAAGAAAAUAGAGCUUGAAGCUCACUAGAAACCUUAUCUUUGUCUUAAGUGUUCAUGAAAGAGUCUGGGAUGAUAUAAAACAUUUUGUGUUUCAUCUACCCAUUCAGCAGGAAUGAGUCUAGUCCCAUGUUUAGAUUCCUUUAAUAUAAUUUAUUGUGGAUGAUAGUUCCACAUUUGGCUGAUGGUUUGCAGUUUUCACUCAAGUUUUGUAUGAAUCACAAAGCGAAUGGCACCUUCUGAAGAGCAGUUCUGCAAUAAGCCAUGAGUAGUAUAACUUGUGGCAGUUGGGAUGGAGAAAGUGAGAAAUUAUCAAAGCUGUAAUUAUCAGAGUUGCCUUUGUGUUUAGCUAGAACACUAUGUAUCAUAUAUACUAUAUAUACCAUAUAUAUAUUAUAUACCAUAAACAGGAUUAACCCUCCCUUUUUUUAUUGCCUGGAUGUCCAGAUUACAGAACUAUUCAGAGAAGCUCACAGAUGUUUACAUAGGACCUAAACCUUUCUGACAAACUAAGUGGUAAAGUAAGGCAUAUAACAUUUAAGUGGGAUAUUAAAACUUCUUAGUUCUUCUCCUUUGUUCUAUAUGAUUGCUGUUAACUUUAUGUAAUCCAGCAAUGACUGUUACAGUGCCUUAAUCCAGCAUUGAUAUAAAAAUGUAUUCAAGAAAUAAUGUCAGAGCAACCUAUAACCUAGCAUGCUAUACAGAACACCUUAAAAUAUUCUUUAACAGAACCAGUUAAAUAACUAUAUAUCUAAUAUCUGAUCUCAUGGCUCUCUUAACAUUUUUUUGUUUAAAUGUGUAGUCAUCCCUUAGAAGCACAUUACUUCUACACUUAAUGGUAGGCCACAAUCUUAGUCAAUCUGUUUAUCAUAAGACAGAGUAAGAAUUUUUGACAGAAAAUUCUGUAAGAGAUAUAAACUGGAAAAGCUUCUUUAUAUCUCGCAUUAAAUGGGUGGAGAAAAAUAUGACUCUUGCCCAUGGCAUGUAUGGGACCAUCUUUCUCUGCUUUUUAAAGAAAAACUAAUACAACUAGAAAAACAUCACAACAAGCCAAAUAAAAAUGGGGAUAGGAGUCAUUGUCUUUAUACAUAAUAGAACAGUUUCCAGAACUACUUUAACCAUGGAAGCAUUUUAGAAAAUAAAGUAUUAAUAAAAUAGAAAAAAUAUUAAAUGUGUCCUUAAUGUAUAGUAGGAAAAUAGUUUCACAAAUUAAUUGCUAUUCGAAAUUACCAAAUUUUUAUUAACUAGUUUAAUAUGCAAUACAAAUUGAAUAAUAGUACAACUACAAGUUGAUAAAAUGUAAAUGCUUACUGGUAAUCAUUAGAUAACUAAUAAUAACAUGAUUUGUUGGUAAAUGUUAAAAAUACAGUAAGAAAUGUUAAAUAUACAGGUUAGAUAGGCAUUAGAACAUCAGGUGAUAACCUUUUCUGAUUUCUGGCAUUCAUGGCACACCAUUUCUUAAAAGCAAAUUGUUGUAUAGUAACAUAUACAUAUAUUAGGGUUUUUUCAUAUAUGUUUUGUAUUUUAGAAGAAACUAGUAUAAUUCAGGGUUUAUAUGUUUAUUUUUAUGUUAAUUCAUGAAACAUGAGAGUUUCAUGAACUGCAGAAUGUGAAACGCUGCUAUAGAACAAAUCCCUUUACCUUGACCUUGUUUUAAUGUAGUAAGAUUUUGUAUUCAUUUUGAUUCAGAAAUUUUCUGCGUCUAUAGAAGUAAUCUUAUAUGUUCCUACUGCCUAGAAGAGUGAUACAUAGGUGAUUAUAUCAUAAAAUAAAGGUAUAGUCUUUGUUUACUUCAUGUGAGCCACAGCAAGCUGCAGACUAUACAGUUAUAAAAGGAAAAGAUGACUUAGGCUGUGCCUAAGUGACAAAUAUAAAAUGUUUUGUAAAUAAGUGACUUAGCCAAGAUACAUAAGAUAUUUUCAUAGAAAAUAAUGUAUUCAUAAUAAAGUACUCAAAUUGAUAGGAUCAACUUUUUCUGGCUUAAAUGUGUAUGCUUACUUCCUAAUCAAUUACCAGUUUGACCUAAGUAACUGCUUGAGUCGUCUUCUAAGAGUUAGUCUUCAUAAAAUAAAUGGGUAGGUAUGUAAAUAUAUAACCUUACAUACCCUUUCCAGCUUCCUAGAAAGAAGGUCUACUGCUCCAUCUUUUACAGAUGUAAAUAGGUCCAACCAGACACAGUUUCUGGCCUUUGCAUAUAAGAAUAUAGAUGUACACUACAGUAUUAUUUCAACAAAAUGUGAUGGUUCUAUGUAUAGUUGAAAAAUCUAUGAUCCGUGUGCAACUAUCUUUGGUAAUUUUUAGUGAAGUCUGUGUUAUAGCUGUCAGUUUUAUCUUUCUUAAAAUCUUUGACCUAACCUUUUGUAAGAGGAGCUAAUGAUUUCUAAGAUUUUCCUUUCUUUUUCCUAUCUUUCCUUUUUUUGAAUUAGAGAAAUUAAUCUGAAGUCAGAUAUAAGGGAUUUGAUUAUCUAGAAACCAGAUAAUCAGCUCCCAAGUCAUAUAGCUAACUACGUGUUGUCAGCUUCCAAGUCGUAUACCUAACUAUGUAUUUAAAAUAACAGUCUGUCUCUUUAGUUCCUAAGUCAUAUAUUUGAGUUUAAUUACAGUAAAGAAACUUUAAUUGGGGGAUUUUAAAAGACAGAAUCAGCAAAGUCUAAUUUAAAAAAUUUUUUGAUAUUGCUCUACUUGGACAAUUUUAGUGACCAAAACUAUGGAUAAAACUACUUAAGCAUAACAUUAAUAUAUUUAGAAUGGCAUCAUUCAGUGCUAGUAUUUGAAAUUGAAAUUAGUACAUUGUGCAUUGUUAGUAGUCUAUUCCUUGAAUCCAUUCGUUCAGCAUCACCAAACUGAGCUGGUGAGAGUGCUAAGAUUCUAGGAAAUAGGAAGAUUAGUGUAUGAUAUAUUGAUUCCAGUGUGCCAGGGAUUGCCUGACAUUAAGGACCAGCUGGCCAGGGUCCUCAGUAUUCUAAUACUUGAGUAGUGGAGGUAAAUCCAAAGGCGACUGGUCAUAUUUUACUAAUGAAUGUGUGAUGAAUUGUCUCUUGUUCAAAAAUUUUUGAUAUUUAGAGCUUCAAGUUACCAUAUUUAAAAGUAAAGACUUGGCUAGGGUGUGGAGGCACACGCCUAUAAUCCCAGCACUUUGGGAGGCUGAAGUGGGUGGAUCAUAUGCAGUCAGGAAUUAGAGACUAGCCUGGCCACCACGGUGAAACCCCAUCUUUACUAAAAAUAAAAAAAAUUACUCUCUGUAGUGACACGUGCCUGUAGUACAGCUGACUCCAGAGGCUAAGACAAGAGAAUCACUUGGACCUGAGAGACAGAGGUUGCAAUGAUCUGAGAUCAUGCCAGUGAACACCAACCUGGGCGAGAGAGUGAGACUCUGUCUUAAAAAAAAAAAAAAGACUUGCAUUGUAAAUUGUACCUCAAAUUUGAGGAACUUUUGUGCUUAUGUAAAAGUAAAAAUGAGUCCACAAUAAUGCGUUAUAAUACUGAACACCAGUUCUACCAGAUUCUGUAACUAUCAGAUUUAAACAAAAAAAAGGAAGAGGCUGAUUGCUAGAGUGUUAAAGAAAUCUUUAGAAACCAUCAUCCUAGAAGAGAAAUAACCAAACACCUAGGGACAGUCCUAGGCCAAGAAAGCCCUUUAAAGUAAUAGUGAAUUAUUUUAAAAAUUAAAUUAUUAAAUGGCCUACUGACUACCAUCCAAAAGCCCUUAUCACAAAAUUUGUUCAGUGUAUUGGGUUGUUCAUAUCCCUCCAUAAUUAAGGGCCAUCAAGUAAUAAUAGAUCUUAUAGCCAACUUUGUUCUUCCCAAAGGGAGAAAGUCAUACCUCAUUAACCUGGAAUUUGUGGUAAAACAGGUACCAUUGGUUAAUGUUUACCUUUUCACUAUGUAAAAAAGAAGACACACUAAGCAAAUAGUACAAAUAAAAUUUGAUCUUUUAAAGCAUUUUAGCAGUAGCUAUUUAUGUAAAAAGUAGUUAGUGGUUAUUUCUAAAUUUUCACAAGAUGCUUGGUAGACAAAACUAUCAGUUAUGUAUAUAUAAAGGUUAGUUAAGCCGCAUUUAGUUAGAAACAUUUAAUUUUUACCAAAAUGAUUCUUUUCUUACCCAAAAGUAGAGCUUUUAUUAUGUCAUUAUAAAUAUUAUUCCCCAUUUAGUCCAAAAGAAUGAGCUUUUAAAUUGUGCCAGGUACUUAAAAUAGUAAAAGUUAUUGUGUAGAUUUUUUAAUCAAUGUGACCUAUAAUGCAGUUUUGAUUCUUUCUGUAUUGAAUGUCCCUGUUUCCAUAUUAAGUACUAUGGCCUGUAUAACAUUAAUUUAAUAGUCUACAAUUUUGGGCCAGGCACAGUGGUUCACACCUGUAAUCCUGGCACUUUGGGAGGUUAAGGCAAGCAGAUCACCUGAGGUCAGGAGUUCAGUAUCAGUCUGGCCAACAUGGUAAAAUCACAUCUCUAACUAUACAAAAAUUAGCCGUGCUUGGUGGCUUAUGCCUGUAGUCCCAGCUACUCAGGAGGCUGAGGCAGGAGAAUCGCUUGAACCUGGGAGGUGGAGGUUGCAGUGAGCCAAGAUCAUGCCAUUGCACUCCAGCCUGGACAACAGAGCAAGACUCCAUCUCAGAAAAACAAAUUGCGUGCAAUCUUGUAUUUUCAUAGUCAUACCUUUUUAAAGGUAUCAGUGAUUUCACUUGUGGUCAGGAAGUAUGUGCCUUAAAUCCUCUAGACCCAAAGUUUGGAGAGCUAUAUUAUUUAAUAGGUUGUUUGGGACAGCUUUGUUACCUUUUUCAUUUAACUUGAGGGAGAAAGACUGUGAUCCUGAAAAAUUUCUUCUCAGAAAAUUGCCUAAUGUACAUGAGUCUAGAGCUCCUGGGGAGGGAACCUCUAUCAUGCAUUCUGUCCCAGGAUGUCAAAACCGUAAGGAUCAGGGUCCCCUGAAAUAAAAUCACUGGAAAGGUAUGUUCUCUUAUAUAUUAUUUUAAAAAUUUAUCUGGUGCCACCAAAGAAUAACAGCAAUUUCUAACCAACUUCAUAUUUCUAGCAUCAUAUAAAGAUACUGUAAGGCUUUGCAUAUUUUGCCAUUGGUUUUCUUUGUAAUAUAGGUUGAAGGGGAGACAUGUUUGAAUACUUUUGUAUGUAAAUAUCUCCCAUUCUUUUUCUAUCUCUUCAUGGUCUGUAUUUACUAAAAAUUGGCUUAAAAAACUGUUCACUAAUGAACUUUGCAUAUUAUUGAACACUCACAGGGUAAUAUUGAUUUGGGUGCUACUAGACUUUUACCUAACAUUAGUCUUUCUCAAUAGUUCUCAAUAGUUCACCCAGUAAAUAUUAAAGUGUAUUAGUUUAAUGAAGGUUAUUUAUAUACUGUCAUAUCACAAAGCUAUGGUGGAAAGAACAUCUGCAUUCACCAGAAUGUCCUUUGUUCCUUUGGCUGUGACUAAAUUGGAUAAGACUUUUAUUGUAAGUUCCAGCUAUUGGAAGAUAUGGUGAUAAGAUUGACAUUGCUGUUGCAGUCUUACAAAAACAUGACUAAAUUGGUUAAUUAUAUCUACAACUUAUGUUUAAGAGAAUCCUUUCACUAACUUAAUUGUUAACAUUGUUGUGAUAUUGAGAAAGAGUAUGAACCUAAACAGUCACUUUACAACAAUUAUGUAAGGACUGUGUGCCUGCAGUUGAGGUUUUUUGUAUUUCUGAGCCCACUUUGUAUUCAUGAGAAACAAAAACAUAAUGGGAGAAAAGUUUUAAAUAACCAAUAUUGUAAGUUUUCAUACAGUUUGGGAUUUCAAAGUAUUAACGAAUGAUACUGAAAACAUACUUUUUCUUUGGUCAAAUUACUUUUUAUGAUGUGAUUUCUUUAUUUUCUGUAUUUGAAAUCUUGUGAAUUAGGAAUAUCUACAUCUAUAGAUAGCUGAAACUGGUAAAAAGUGUAAUUCAGCAACAUGAUUCAACAAUUUUUACUUUUAGGAUGUUAUCAUUUAUUGUAUUAGUAUCAAAUUUAUAUAUUGCCUUGUAAUGCUAAGUGCUCUAAAAAGAAUAUUUAGACUACUUCAAUUCUACCAUCUUCUUCCCCCUCUCCCAGAACAUACGUGUAUUAACUAAUCCUCUGUGUGAAUUUUGCCAUAUCAAACAUUGUGCCUUAUUUUAUUAAAACUUUUGUUGGAAUCCAAUUCUAUAUUAAAGUCUCUAUAAUGUUGAUAUUUGCCUGAUUACCUGUUAUAUCACUGAAUGUAAGUAUGUACCAACAUUUACUCUGCUAGAUGCAGUGGAUAAAAGAUUAAUUACA